CAACAACUAACCACCUAGUGGAUUAAUCGUUUUAGCACGAAUCGAAAACAGUCGUCAGGACAACCAAAAAGGAAGUAAAUAAAUAAAAGAUGUCGACGACAAAAACGAACAGCUCUAAAUCCAGCAUUCGCGAUGAGGAUCUUUCGUCAGAAUCGGUGGAAGUGCUUCGCGAGCGUUUAAAUACAAUGAAGCGACUGAUUGCCGAGCGGCAGAACAGCACAAGUGGUUCGUCUGAGCUGUGGAAUCCACAUACCCGGACAUCUAGUUGCAGCGGGAUCAUCGACGGGAAUUUUUUAAGCGUAGCAUUCGGUGGAGCCCUGAUAGUGAUUCUUUCCGUGUCCGUUUAUGCAUUUUACAAUCUUUACCAUGCCGUGCUGAAAAAAUUUCCCUCCCAGCAUACAGAACUGUAAAAUGGUUGGAAAUGUUUCUAUUACUGCGUUAAUAUAACGGUUACAAUAAAGUAGAUGCAUCACUUUUGUCCGUACACAUCUGCAGAACAGCAUAAUUAAAUGUCAGCGGCGGAUCAAACGGUCGGCAAAGUAGACGGACGCCUAGGGCAUCCCUUAUAUUCCCUUUUACUUCAACCUAUUCAUGUAUUCUAUUUCUUGAACGGGAUUUUCGACCUCAAGAUUUUCAUAUUUUUUCAUCCGUUCGAAAAAUGAUCCUACCGUUAGAUGCUAGAAUAAAACCAUGCUUGUUUUCACUUCCGUAAUAUUCGCCGGCUAUUGCCAUUGCGAUACUCGUGGUAUGGUAUUGUUUUCUCUCACCGAUUGAACCGUGAAAAUGUCCUGCCAGCGUGUUUCGGAACAGUAUUGUGGUGGAGUAUUGUGUUUAGUAUUUCGAUUGUCACAAUUUUUGCAAGUUUGGAAGCCGGUAAUGAUGUUAUAACCGACACAAGUGUCCGUAGUCAGUGUACUACGACAUAG